ACACACACACACACCCUUUUUUCUUCUGCCCAGUCUCUAGCAGGCUGUUAAUAAACUGGAAACUACCCAGAUUUCUAGGGGGGAUAAAAGAGCAACUGUAAUCCUAAAUAAUCCAGUGUUCUCAUCCUGGGCUCUGUGGAGGAGGACCCAACCAUGUUUGGUUAGGAAAAGUUGGUGGUGGCUUUUCUUGACGGGUUUUGGACCCAAAUAUUUAACCACCUCCAACUAAGAUCCCUUUCUCUAGAUCAAAAUUUAUCGGAACAUUUCUUCUGGAGUGAUUCCUAAAUGAUCUUAGAAAAGCGAUUGGAAACGAACUAUUAGAACCUCUGAAAUUUCUUAAAAGGUCUCCAAGAAAAACUCACUUUCUUUGCCUUAAGAAAGGGGAACACAUCUCAUAUGCAACCCACUCUUUAAAACUUUGUAUCUAUCUGCGGGACCCAGUCCCAGUAACACAGUCCCAGUAACACUCGCGACUCUAUUUGAUGACUACAGUCCUUCAAGCCUCUAGUGACUGUUAGCUUCCCCAGGAUGCCCGUCGGUUCCUGAAAGUGACAUCAACACUGGAGAGCCGGGGGUUGCCCAACAGGUGGUCUGCCGAACGGUCUCCAGAAGAGAGUGCCGCCCGCCCCCGGGGCACUCCUCGCCCACGGUCGCGCGCCCUGGCGCUCCGGGGGGCUGCGUGGGCUCCAGAGCUAGGGCUCCGGCCGCCGGGAGGGGAUGAGCGCGGCCGGUUCACGUCGCCUCCACGCCCACCUUCCCGCUACGCGUCCCCUCCCUUUGCCAAAGCUCAGACUCCGGGGCCGCCCUUAUUGUUGGCCGCGUCUGUCACUUUGUGGGCCGGGUGACAUGAAUGGAUGGGCUGGACACACCUUCCAGCCUUCUGAGAGAGAGAGAGAGAGAGAGAGAGAGAGAGAGCGCGCGCAUCCGGAUCUGCAUAGGGAGCGGGAGGCACUCCCCCGGCGCCCCCAGAGCUUGCGCCGCGGGCCAGAGACACGCACAGCUUCCCCCUCCCACAUUCACUCCUCCCAUCCUUUAAGAAAACGCCCAACCCCAAAAAAUAAUAUCGCUCCAAGCCUGCCGGCGUCCUCGGUGCCCUCUCCUCCUCCCCGGGCUCAGCGCGCUCCGGUUCCGCGGGAGGCUGCGGCGGGAGGGAGCGGCGUGGGACCGGUGCGGCGCGCGGAGCUGGAGGCGGGCGCGCAGGCGGCCCGCGGGCGCCGCACUAUGCUCCCCAGCGCCGUGGCGGCCCACGCCGGCGCGUACUGGGACGUGGUGGCGUCCUCCGCGCUCCUCAACUUCCCCGCGGCUCCGGGCUUUGGCAACUUGGGCAAGAGUUUCCUGAUCGAGAACUUGCUGCGGGUUGGGGGCGCCCCGCCGCACGCGCUGCAGCCACCCCCGCACCACGGCCCGGCGUCCGCUCUAGUGGCCGCCGCCGCCGCCACGGCAGCCGGCGCGCAGGUCCGGUCCCUGCCUGCCAGCCCCGUUCCCCUCAAGCUGUGCCCCGCGGCCGAACCGGUCAGCCCCGGCGGAGCGCCGUACGGCACGCGUUGGGCUUUCCAAGUGCUCAGCCCCUCGGCCGACGGCGCCAGGCUGCCGGGCCGGGCUCCGGGGGAUCGAGACUCUACCUUCCAGCCGUCAGCCCCAGCGUCUUCCAAACCUUUCUUCCUGAGUGCCUCACCAUUCUACUCUGCAUGCUGUGGUGGGUCCUGUCGGCGCCCAGCAUCCCCCACUGCUUUUGCAAGAGAAGAGAAUGUGCUGUCCCUCCUGACCCAGGACUCGAACUCCAAAGCUCGGCGGGGUAUUUUAAGAAGAGCUGUUUUUUCUGAGGAUCAGAGAAAGGCUCUGGAGAAAAUGUUUCAGAAGCAGAAAUAUAUCAGCAAAACAGACCGAAAGAAACUUGCCAUCAGCUUGGGACUAAAGGAAUCACAGGUGAAAAUUUGGUUUCAGAACAGAAGAAUGAAAUGGCGGAAUUCCAAAGAGAAAGAAGUGCUUUCCAACAGGUGUAUCCAAGAAGUAGGCCUUCAAGAGGAUCCCCUCUCGCGGUCUGCUCUGGGGUUCCCUUCUCCAUGUCCUUCGCUCUGGGAAGUCUCCCAACAGCACUCAAGUCCAAGAUGGAGGGAGAAUUCGCCAGAACCUUCAGAAAGACUGAUCCAGGAGAGUUCAGGCGCACGGCCCCCAGAAGCAAAUUCACUUCAGGGUGCCUUGUAUUUGUGUUCUGAAGAAGCUGGAGACAAGGGUGUACUUACUGGGGCUGUCUGAAUGGAAGCCUUCCUCCUUGUUAAUUUGAAAAGGACGCCUAACUAAUAAUAUUUUGACUCUAAAGCCAGCUAGCUUGUGCCUCAUCAGUGCCUAAAACAUAAUAUCUUUGGAGUGAUGCACGAACUAAUGCUUUAGGAAGUCCUCUGCAGUGUUCUCUUGUUUGGCUCCCAGACUCAGGCUUAAUUUUUAAUUUGUAAGUGGAAUAGAAUCUCCCAGAGAGUACAAUGGAACUGAAAAGAAUUGAGAGUUAUAUAGUUGGGCUCAGUCCCUACUCUGAGUGUGUGUAUGUACGUGCGUGUCUCUAUGUGUGUAUAUAUAUAAAUAUUCACGGAAAUGCAUCAGUAGGAGCUAGUUCCUCUUUAAAUAUUGCAUCGAGCAAAUUCAUUUCCUUUACUUGAAGCAAAACCAACUGUUGACUGAAUGCGAUUAAUUUCUUGAAAAUAAUGUAAAAUUUGGAUUUUAGCCCAAAUUUUCAUAUCACAAGAACAUGUUUUUUAAAAAUUCUCCAUUUUCUAGUUUCUUUUAGAAUCUAGCUAUCGAAUUUUAACAAUUCAGCUCAGCUGUCCUAAUCGAAUAAGCCACUGUUAGAUACAUACACCGAAAGCAUAUACUUAAAAUUAACGCAACAAGCAAACUAUAAGAAUUUCUGAAUGAUACUGUUAGUACCCUUAAUUUUCCAAGUCUCUGGCCUUUAUUAGGACAUCAGUGAGUUACCCAUUUAACUAACAGUUAUCUUUUGAUCUCUUCUCUGUAAGGAUGGGCUUUAGUUAAGGUUUGCAAAACAGAAUGCCUUUAAGGGCCUGUGAGUGAAUAAAGGGCAUGGCCCACCUAAAAAUAUUUGAGUUUAAUAAUUUAAAAAAUACUGUGUUGGGCACAUGAAACAUCCAUGCCAAGCAGUUUUUGACCUCUGGCCAAGAUUUAAGGAAGUGUCACAGUUCUUAAAAUGUUCCCAACUGAACUUCAAAACACAAUACUGAUGGAUUCUAGAGUGGAUUUCUGUUUGCACUUCUAGUUAUAGACUCAAUUUUCCACUUAGGUGGUAUACACCACAUUUUUAGGUUAUUUUUGUGUAUUAACAGACACCACACAGAUGUUUUAUGUGUUUUGAGUAUCCUGAAAUAGUAUUAUAAAAUUGCAUUUCUGGUAACGAUUUGCUUAGUUAAUCUGGAAAUUUUUAUUCUAGGUCCAAGAAAGAAUUAUGUUUCACUUUGAAGGAAAUGAGGCAGAAAAAGGAAAUGAUGUGGUUUUGAACUUGGUUAUUAUUAAUCUGUGGACAAGAAACAUUAUUAGAAGUUCAUGAUGUGGAAUUUUGUUAGUGAGAAAUCUGUGAAGAAAGUGGCUUCUAAUUUGCUUACAUUCCUAGUUAUAGACUUUGAGGCUUUCGGGCUUAAAGAAGGUAAUGUCUUAGAAGACAACAAUUUCAGUCAGCAUCAAGAAAUUAUUUUGUGUGGAUGUAAUUUGAACUGGGGUAUGCUAGCCUGUGUCUUUAUCUCUAGAUGUUUUACUUAAAAGUCCUCUCAGAAGAAGCUUGUCUCAGUGUCUCUUUGGGAAGUAGGAGCAGGGAUCUGCUGACAACAAUUUAAAACUUAAAACUCGUCUUUAAAUGAUUUAUAGUAUUGUUUGUUUCCUUUGUAUAAUGUUAACCUCGUUUACAUAUAUUGGGUCCUUUUUUAUGCUCUAGAGAGUGUGCUAAGCCUAUUAAGGUGGAUUAAUUCAUGACAGUCCUCAUGACAAUAGUCCUAGGAAGUAGGCACUGUUACUGCCAACAUUCCUGUUGCCCAGAUGAGGAAGAAGGGACAGGACGAAGGCAGUGUGGUUAGGGUGAUGGCCCUAGGUCAUGAGGUUAAUGAAUAGAGUUUGGACCCUGGCCAUCAGGUUUCAAAUCUUGAAAUCUUACCAACCAUAUGGGGGUGCAUACCACUGUAGAAUGUAUUCACAAGUUUAUGGGAUGCAUUGUAAGACAUACAUUUUGGGGAUUACAGUAAGAUUUAUUAAAGAAAUUCAGAAGCA